UACGCAUUGAACCUGGAAGUGGCUAUCAAAUGCGCGCGACUAUUUAUGCUCAAACUUCUUUAAAUUUAUUGACACGGGACGUUUUUUUUUAAUGAUUUGGAUUCUAUUUUAAAGUGUUUAAGUUCCGCUUCUGACACUUAGAAGCAGUAUUUCUUUUUUUAUUUAAUAAUUUAAACAGUGGAAUCAGAGUGGAACGUGUGUAGCAAACCCGGAAGUGGCUAUCAAAUGCGAACGUCUCCGUAGGCUAAUGGUGACAUUUAUUUUCAAAUUUCUUUAAAUUUAUUGACGUGAUUUUUUUUAACGAUUUAGAUUCUAUUUUAACGUAAGUUCCGCCUCUGACUCUUAAAAGCAACAUUUUUAAUUUUCUUUUCAUUUAAACCCUGUGACGUAUGUAGCAAACCCGGAAAUGCCGCUCUGAUAGCCGCGGUGAGCUAAAGCACGGAUUAGCUGGUGAAUUUUCACUACAUAAGUGCUGGAAAAACCUCUUUUGAUGACAAAGGGCGUGAGCAGCGAUGAAGACCGUCUUUGUGACUGUGGGCACGACGAGUUUUGACGACCUUAUUGAGGAAAUCACCUCUGACGAGGCUGUUCAGGCGUUAAAGCAUCGCGGCUAUGAGCGUCUUGUCCUCCAGGUGGGAAGAGGUUCGGUUCUGCCGGAUCCUGAGAAUUUUCCGCACGUUAGCUUGGAGGUUUUUCGAUUCAAGCCCUCUAUCUUGACGGACGUGGAGCGGGCUGACCUCAUCAUCAGUCACGCUGGGGCCGGAAGCUGCUUGGAGGCGUUGGGCGCCGGCAAAAGCCUGCUGGUGGUGGUGAAUGACAAGCUGAUGGACAACCACCAACUGGAACUGGCCAGACAGCUCCACAAGGACUCUCAUUUACUCUACUGUACUUGCCCCACGCUGACGAAAACCCUGCGGAGCAUGGACCUUUCUGUGCUCAAGCCUUUCACGCCGGGUCAGCCUGAGAAGUUUGCAAAAUUCAUGGACAGAGCUCUCGGACUCCAGUGAAAUGACGUCCCCCAUCAAUCUUGUGUACGUGGGCCACCAAAGAUUUUAUUUAAUUCCAUUUUUCCAGUAUCAAAUGGUCAAAAAUGUACCUUGAGUGUAUUUUUACAGUUUGGAUGUGACUUUUUUUUUUGUUGUUGUUGAAAAUUCAAGCAAAUUGAUGCACUUUGAAGUAUUUUCUGUUACAAACAACUGUUUGCAUUAUUCUAACACUUAAUAUAGUCAAUCAGGGAAUAGUAGCUUUUCUCGUAUUUACCGAUCAACUGUUUGUAUUACUCUAACACCAUAUGUAAAAUAAAUAGCACUUAUACCAUAGUUUAAGGAAAAUAAGCAGAUUAUAGGGCAUAAGAGAUACAUGACGCCUUCUUAUCACGGAAGCCCAACGUGUGCGUCAUGCAACUGACGCUGACAAGCCCAUGUCUGCACCAUCAACUCUCGCAUCAGUUCUCCCGGACAGUCCAGAAAAAAUGGCGGGACGCCUUGUCCCAGCACAAGGAACACUGGAGAACGCCCGAUAUCCAACUGAUAACACGACCGACAAGACUCCAAGAGCCCCUUUGAUGCUGAGGUUGCAAAAUCCACAACCCACUUUGAUCAUUAUUAAAUGGUUAUUAAAUAUUUGCUUUCACCAAUGAAGGCUCACAAUAAAGUGUUGAUUGCUAUGAUAGUAUGUUCCAUGAUUGAUUGCAGUUAAAAAAAACCAUUUUAGCAAUUGAUAACUAUAGACAUGUUUAGUACUUGAUAAAACUGCCUUGUGAUUCUGACCAGUUUAAACCGGCCUAGGUUCCACAGAUCAACUUCGAGGACAAGCCACAGACAUUGGGACACUAAACUGGGACAUUUUGGAAAUCAUAUUGUUGCAUUUUAUUACUUACCAAAUGCUAUUGCUUCAUGAAAUGUAUUUGAUGUGAUUUGACGUUUGAUCGCCGUUUACGUGAAUAAAAUAUCAACAUGU